UCAAAACUCAUAAAUGAAUCAGAAUAAACAAAAGCAAUUCAAGUCCGACACAGAGUCGGUGCAGCAGCAAAUGCGAUGAACAAGGGAGAAUAAUACAACUGCACUCCUCCUUUCAUCACUGCAGCCAGCAACAGCUACUUCCAACAGCUGCUUAUAUUUAUUUCCCCGGCCAAUGUCAUUCUCCGGCGGCUUCUCUCGACCUCUACCACCAGAAGAAUUAUAGCAAUUCCUUUGCCUGUUCUCAGCUUCUCUCACUAAGAAGUGUGUGCGGCGCGUGUGACGAAGCUGAAACCGGAAAAUCUUAGUCCGUCGGCGGUGGCGGCGGACUCAGAAGCGCUUGGCAUUUGCUUUGGUUUUAACUCUUACUUGAAACUUUUUCUACUAGGAAUAGUGAAUGGAGUAGCUUCUUUUAUUGGUUUUACCUUUUCGCCACCUAUUCCGAUCUCGCUUUUUUUAGAAGGGGCUUAAGAUGAAUGGGUUUCACAAGGGAAAAAAUCACAACGUUGAGGGUCCUUUUCCAGGAUGCUUGGGAAGAAUGGUGAACUUGUUUGAUAUGAGUGGUGGAAUGGCAGGAAACAGGCUGCUCACAGAUAAACCACAUUGUGAUGGUUCUCCACUUUCGAGGAGGAGCCAAUCAGAUGUUUCUAGGAUGGGUCAAUUUGAAGAUCAAAUAGAGGAGAAAGUGAUGUCGGAGUUCAGUAGAACUUGUCCAAACAGGAAAUCCAGUGGCACGCCCAUGAAGAUGCUUAUUGCUCAGGAAAUGUCUAAAGAAGUAGAUUCUAAGCAUAACCAUCCUAGUAUAGUUGCCAAGUUAAUGGGGCUUGAUGCCCUUCCCCAGCAGCAGCCUGAUCAAGCAACAGAAAGAAGUCAUUCAAGAGGUUAUUCACGGAGUCAAUCAGAUGCACAGUUGAGCUAUUGGCAGCAUGACAAAGGAUUCUGGGAUUUACCAAUGCAAGAUGAAACUCGUUAUCCGCAGCAUAAUGAAUACAAAGAUGUCUAUGAGAUAAUGCGACAGUCACCAAAACCAAAUUGCACGAGGGAUAAAUCACCUCAUAAGGGAAGAUGUGAUGAAACUCCAAAUGACAAAAAAAUGGCUCUUGUUCGCCAGAAGUUUAUUGAAGCAAAGCGCCUGUCUACAGAUGAAAAACUCCGUCAGACUCAGCAAUUUCAAGAUGCCUUGGAAGUCUUAAAUUCUAACAAGGAUUUGUUCCUUAAGUUCCUGCAAGAACCAAAUUCGAUGUUCUCACAGCAUUUAAUUAAUUUGCAGUCUAUUUCUCAUCCUCCUGAGACAAAACGAAUAACUGUUCUUCGACCUUGUAAAAUGGUUGAUGGUGAAAUGUUUGUUAACUCAGCAAAGAAGAAUGAGAAGCAGAUACAGAAAUCUGCCCAGAUUAGUCAGGUGAUUGGGUUGGACAAAAGCCAUCCAGGACUUUCCACUACUGGAGUAAGUUGGAAAUUUGACGAAAAUCCUACUCAACCAACACGAAUAGUGGUUCUAAAACCUAGCCCUAUGAAGCCCCAGGAUAUGAAGGCUGUGGCGUCCCCUCCUGCUUUAUCACCAGAGUUGCACUGUGAUGAAGAAUUCAUUGAGGAAGCAGAAGAUGAUGAGGCUCGAAAAUCAAGAGAAGCAGCAAAAGAGAUCACUAGACAGAUGCGUCAGAACUUGAGUGGACACCGAAGGGACGAGACCUUACUUUCAUCUGUGUUUUCAAAUGGCUAUAUUGGUGAUGAGAGUUCAUUUCAUAAAUCAGAAACUGAGUAUGCAGCUGGAAAUCUCAGUGAUUCAGAAGUCAUGUCACCAACUUCUAGGCAUUCUUGGGAUUAUGUCAAUAGGUUUGGUAGUCCUUACUCUUUGUCCUCCUUUAGCCGUGCAUCUUAUUCUCCAGAAUCCUCGGUUUGCCGAGAAGCAAAGAAGCGACUCUCGGAGAGAUGGGCCAUGAUGGCCUCUAAUGGGAAUUACCAAGAACAGAGACAUGUGCGGAGAAGCUCUAGUACUUUAGGCGAAAUGCUUGCUCUCUCUGACACAAAGAACACAAAAAGAAAUGUGGUAGAGGGUGCUAAAGAAGAUUCUAGGGGUUCAACUUCAAAGUUGGUUGGUGAUCUCAACAAGAAGGAUGAAGACAUGAAUAAUUCACCAAGGAACCUCGUGAGGUCGAAAUCUGUUCCUGUAUCAUCUACGGUCUUUGGCAUGGAGCUCAAUGUGGAUGGAGCAGAUCAAGCUCACAAGGAGACAGAUGUUUCAAAUGAUGCAGCUAAGGCUAGAAGUGGGAAAUCGUCUUUGAAAGGGAAAGUUUCAAGUUUAUUUUUUUCUAGGAGUAAAAGAUCAAAUAAACAGAAAUCUGUUGUAUGUCAGUCCAGAGAGGAAUCCCUACCUGCUGGAACACCUUCAGAUUCUCCUGGAAGAAGCGACAAUGAUGGAAGCAAUUGUCUUAAUGACACGGGCUUAGAAGAAUGUUCAUCACCUAGUCUGCAUCGAUUAUCUAGCCAGGCACCUUCUGCUUAUCAGCCUGGCGAUCCAGGCAUAAUUUCUUCUGAGGUUGGUUUUGCUGUGGUGAAGCAUCUGGUGGCUGGGAACCCAAGCGAGAAUCAGGAUCAGCCAAGUCCAAUAUCAGUCCUAGAAAUGCCAUUUGAGGAGGAGGAAGAACAGACGGCAACUGAGUCCUCUGGCAAUAACAAGCCAGAAGAACAUGGGGAGUUGCCUGUACAGUGUAAGCCAAACCUCAUAGAUAAGUCGCCACCAAUAGGAUCAAUUGCGCGCACUCUGUCAUGGGACGAAUCUUGUGUGGACACAGCCACUUCAUAUCCAUUAAAACCAUCCUCCUCCCCUCAAGGAGCAGAGGAAGGGGAAGGAGAAUGGUUCUUCUUUGUUCAAGCAUUAUUAUCUGUGGCAGGUCUAGAUGGCGAGGUGCGAUCUGACGCUUUAUUAGCUAGAUGGCACUCAUCUGAAAGCCCAUUAGAUCCGUCACUGCGGGACAAGUACAUCAAUUUGAAUGACAAGGACACGCUACGUGAAGCGAGGAGAAGGCAAUGGUGGUCAACAAGAAAGCUUGUGUUUGACUGUGUCAAUGCAGCUUUGGUGGAGAUAGCAGGGUAUGGGUCAGGCACAUGCCAGAGAGCAAUACCCUGUACUGGGUCCCAUAAAACCCAACGACUAGAGGGUGUGGCGACGUUCAUGAUGGUUGAUCGAGUUUGGGCCCGGAUGAAGGAAUGGUUUUCUGGGGAGGAGAGGUGUGUCACCGGUGAUUGUGUGGUGGACAAUAACAGCGUGGUGGUGGAGAGGGUGGUGAGAAAGGAGGUGGUGGGCAAGGGGUGGCUGGAUCACUUGAGGUUAGAAAUGGACAAUCUAGGUAAGGAAAUUGAACAGAAGUUACUGGACGAGAUAGUGCAGGAGGCUGUGGUUGAAUUGACUGGCAGCGUGUGACGAGGUUGUUUUUUUUUUAACCCUAUUAAUUUGUGAACUAUCAUAUGUGUAUUUUGUAGUAUCAUUUUUCCAGGGAGAUGGCCCACAUCCGUCCAGCCCACCCCCAAUUCUUUACUUCGGCUUCGCGUCCAAUAUCGAAAUGUGCAUCUGUUACCUGCAGUGACAGAGAUUUAUCUGUGGGAGACUGUAACCUGUCCGGAGGUUGGUUUGUCUGUAGGAUAAUUCUACUUCCUCCUCCUCCUCCUCAGUAGUCACUAGUCUGUCCUCCCACUGUCUUUUCAAACCCAAAACAGGACACCAAAGGUCAUUUGUGCGCAAGCGCCGCAACGGAAUGUGCUUACUAA